AUGUCCUCCGACUCGACCGCAACCACCGCAUCCGGUUCCUACGCCGACCACACCGCCGACCUCUACGCAACAAUCUACGGCAACGAGCCCGAGCGCCAGAGCGACGUCUACACGCAAAACAACAUGGAGCUCUUCGAGAAGGUCUGGUUCGCCGGCGGGGGCACCACCGAGACAGACAAGGGAAACGACGGAACGAACAACAACAGCAAGACCGCAGCCGAGGGGAAGCAGGACGGCCACACGCAGGGGGAGGAGGGCGAGGAGGGCGAGGAGGGCGAGGAGGACACGGAGGAGCAGCAGCCAGCCAAGGACGACUCGACGGCCAGCAUCCCCGCCGACUGGCCAGAGAUCCCGGACCAGGGCCCGGCGUCGAUGCUGUGGACCUGCAGCAUCUGUGACACGCAGAUCAACAUCUUCUUCCGCGCCGAGCACCUCGCGAGCGAGCAUCCGCCCAAGGAGAAACGGACCAGGGGCAAAUGCAAGUCGAAGAAGAAGGCCGAGUCCGAUGCGAACACGCCGACGUGGCAUUGCGAGCUGUGCGAUGAGCAGGUCAACAUCUUCUACACCGCGGAGCACACCACGGGGAAGAAGCACGUCUUGAAGCUCAAGCAGUGUGGGGACUACCAGUACACCCCGGCCUCCGAGGAGUUCAUCGAGCACAGAGCGGUGUACAAGCCGCAGGAAGGGGAGGAGGUUCUGGCCGGAGAUGACUUGGAGCCAGAGGAGUACUAUACGGCGGGCGAAGCAUACGAGGAGGAGAGUGCUGUGUACAGGCCGGAAAAGGGAGAGGAAGGUCACGAUGAUUGGGAGCCGGAUGGAAACGCUGGCGGGGGAGAGAAGCUGGAAGAGAGCGCAGCCCAGGAGCCGGAAGAAGAGGAAGAGGAGGAGGACUGGGAACUGGAGGACAGGACAAUCUACCGCCCGCUCGCUGACGAACCUCAACAUCCGGGGUUAAAUGGGCCAGAGAAACUCAAGGCUCCACCUCCCCCAGCCAUGCCGUACCCAGCGCAGACACCAGCGGGCAUGCAGUACCCAAUGCAGCCACCGGCGGGCACACAGUAUCCAGGGCAGCCACUAGCGGGCAUGCAGUACCCAAUGCAACCACCAGCGGGCAUGCAGUAUCCAGGGCAGCCACCAGCGGGCAUGCAGUAUCCAUGGCAGCCACUAUCGGGCAUGCAGUAUCCAUGGCAGCCACCGCCACCAGCGGGCAUGCAGUAUCCAUGGCAGCCACCGCCACCACCAGCGGGCAUGCAGUAUCCAGGGCAGCCACCAGCGGGCAUGCAGUACCCAAUGCAACCACCGGCGGGCACACAGUAUCCAGGGCAGCCACCGGCGGACAAGCAGCACAAAGGGCAACCACCACCGUCUCAGCCACGCUACCAGACGUCCCCCUCGAGCACGGCCGGCAAGCAAGCGCAAGAACCGUCCAGCUCCCGCGCCGCCAUUCACAUUCAGGUGCCGACAUUCUACUGUGACCUAUGCGACACCGAGUACCCCAUCAGCGAGCAGGGCCAGCACUCAGAGGCCACCCUGGAGUGCAUAAUCUGUGACGAGGAAUACCAUGCCAAUGAACAUGCCGCCCACCUGGCUAGCAAGGCCCACAUGGAAAAUGCGAGAGAGAAGGGCCAUGCGCCUAUACCUGCAAUGCCCAAAGUGGAGUCUCUUCCUCCUCCUCCUCCCCCUCCUCCUCGCUUCCAUUGCGAGCUUUGCGGCAAGACGAUGGGCGCGGAUUCUCGGGCAAGCCAUCUCGCCGGUAGCAAACACAAGGCCAAACAGCAAGAAUUCGCAGCCGCCCACGCAGCAAGGAAGGCCAACGCUCAACGGAGCUCCACCAACCCCCCGAUCGCGCCCCAGGCAAAGAGGGAGCCCCCAGUUAGUUCCCUGGGUUCUUUUGGCCCCGCGAAGAUGUUCUACUGUGACCUGUGCCAGACGAUGGUGACUUUGAGCACUCAAGACGCCCAUCUUGCGACCGCCAAGCAUCAAGAGCGCGAGGCCGCCAAAGCAAGAGAACAGUUCGCUCCGCCGCAGUCUGCCCAAGCGCCGGCCGCUCAGGGGGGAUUGGCCUCGGGGCUUGAUGCCGAUAGAAUACACUGUGAGACGUGCCAGAGAACGAUCAGCGCGAAAGCUUGGCAGUACCACACGGCUGGUCGUACGCAUAAAGAGAAAGAGGCAAAGGCAGCGGGGGAAACUCGCCGGAAGGCUUCUAGCACCUCGGGCGUAGCCAGGUCGACAAGCAGCCAGGACUCGAGCCCCGCCCCACGGCGCUGGGACCCGACUCCAGGAGCUGGACGCCCGGGUGGAGCUGCGGGUUCUCCCCAAACCAUGCAGUACAGGGUAGAGAAGUGGCAUUGCAAGCCAUGCGGGACCAGCAUGCAUAUCAAUGAUAAGGAGACCCAUCUCGGUGGAAACAGGCACAGCGAAGCCGUCGCCAUGUCCCGAGGAGCACCUGUCUCCCAGAACUCCAGUGCGAGUAGCAGCGGUCCCAGGGCUCCUCUGGUCGUAUCUUCCCCACCACCGCCGCCAAAGUCUGAUUAUCGCUGCACGCUCUGCAACAUGACUAUGCCCCUGCUUGAUUAUCAGAACCAUAAAUACGGCAAGAGACACAAGAAUAACGAGCUUGCCCAUGCGUCAAAGCAGAAUGCCAACGCCGCUCCUGUUGUGCCGGCACCUCCCUCAUCUCGACCGUCAAUCCCCAAGUCAGGAGAGGCCGGUCAGCCUUCCGCAAAAAACAUAGCCACCGAAAUGGUAGUGACGAAGGUCGAUGGCGAUUUGGUUGUGGAGGUGCUGAAGAUGGAGCCGCCUAGGACGGGGUGGUGCGGGAUCUGUCAGGAGGAGGUUUUGCGAACUACGGAGUCCCAUAAGAGUGAGGCGUGGAAAUGCCACCUGUGUGGUAUCACAACCCACGCAGCGUGGAAAGAUUUGCACAUGAACACCCACGAACAGCGGAGAACGGUGAUCAACAGGAAUGGAACUGCCUACAGGUUGCUUUAG